AUGCCACAGCGCGUAAAACAAGUGUUUAUGCUUUUGCUGCUGCUGGCUGGAAGAGACGUCCGUUCGCGUGUGUACAUUGAAAGUUCGACGGAGGAGCUUACAGAUCUGCUCUCGCUCGUGGAGAACGCAAAGUCAAGUGAUGAGUCUUCCUGCAAUAUAUCGUUACACCGUGAUCUUACGGUCUCGCAACCCUUGCUGCUCCAUCCAGGCACCGAUCAAUUCGUGUGGCCGGAGCUGAACAGUACCACCGUCAGCCUUGACUACGGCCAGUCGGUGGAGUUGUUCUGCUCACACGGUUUCCGCAAAGGUUCACCGGGAGGAAAGUCCAAAUCAGCCACCCUCAUCUGCGAGGAUGACGGUAGGUUCGGUUAUCAGUCGGAGCAGUAUAACAUCACUGAGUUUUCCUGCCAGCAGCCCGUAUACCACGUCGCCGAACGCACCGGCGACCGUUGCUUCGACAAUGGGACGAUUGUACGGGUCGGGUUCAGUGUUGGUGCGGAUCGGUUCGCCAAGUUGUACGAGGUGUGCUUCGACGAGACACACCUCCGCAGCCAUUACGUCAAACAUAAACUAACACCCCACAACGACCACCAUCAGCGAUCGGUGAAGAGGCCGUCGUUCAUACAGGGUAGUUUCUAUGGUGAGCUAAAGAUGACCGCGCUGUACAAGUACGCGACGCAGCAUGCAACGCUAGCACGCAUUCUCGGAUCAGCAGCCCGUGCCGACGCGCUGUUGGACAACAAAAAGGGCAUAUUCUUUGCUCGCGGUCACCUGGCCGCCAAGUCGGACUUUGUGUUUGGUUCGCAUCAGCGGGCUUCCUUCUGGUUCAUGAACGUAGCGCCACAGUGGCAACGGUUCAACGGAUUCAACUGGCAGCGGAUCGAGACGGGCGUUAAAGCGUUCGUGGCCGCAAACGAUCUGCGCCUAACGGUGUACACCGGCACGUACGGAGUGCUGCAGCUGCUAGACGGAAAUGGUGAUGCGCAGGAAGUUUUCCUCGAUUUCGAUCCGAACCGUGACCCACCUGGCAGAGUUCCGGCACCGGCACUGUUCUACAAGGUACUGUUGGACGAGGAAAACGAUACCGGUUUGGCAUUGAUUGGUGUGAACAAUCCACACGCAAGUCCGGAAGAGAUCGACGCGAGCUACGUCGUGUGUAAGGACGUUAGCAGUGCGGUCCGGUGGUUACGCUGGGAUCGUAACGCGAUUGCCAACGGUUAUGUGUACGCAUGUGAUGUGAAUGAGUUUAACCGCGUAACAGGCCAUCUGAUACUGGAGCAUCCUGUAGGUGGUUUACUGUUGUGA